ACAAGUUCCCAUGUGAUAACAGAAGGUCAAUCAUGGCAGCCUGCACCAAAGGGCUCGACAAAUGUAUCUUUUCCUUAAGGUUAUUACGAAGUAUCCAGCUCCAAAAUGAACGGUUCCUGUCCACGUCUCUGUGUCGUCUUGCUGCGGGGAAAGACGGCGAGCAGCCACCUAAAUUCACUCCUCCAUCUAAACCUGUCAUCAUAGAUAAAACACAGACUGUGGCAUCUCUGCGAAAGUUUCUGAGCCCAGAGUUCAUCCCUCCCCGGCAGAGAACAGACCCUUUAAAGUUUUCCAUCGAGCGGAAAGACAUGAUACGCAGGAGGAAUGUGCUUGACAUCCCUGAAUUCUACGUAGGGAGCAUCCUGGCUGUGACCAUGGCUGACCCCAAUGCCAGUGGGAAAACGAACCGCUUUGUUGGCAUCUGUAUCCAGAGGGGUGGAAAGGGACUGGGAGCCACGUUCAUUCUGAGGAACAUCAUCGAUAACCAAGGUGUAGAGAUCUGCUACGAGCUGUACAGCCCACGUAUUCAAAACAUUCAGGUGCUGAAGUUGGAGAAGAGGUUGGAUGACAACCUGAUGUACCUGAGAGAUGCUUUGUCUGAGUACAGCACUGUGGACCCAGACAUGAAGCCUGUGCCCUUCUCCCCUACUGGAGAGGUGCCAGUCAACAAGCUCAAAGUAAAGAUGCGUCCAAAGCCUUGGUCCAAACGCUGGGAGCGGCCCAAGUUCAACAUCCAGGGAAUACGCUUCGACCUCUGCCUGACCCCGGAGAAGAUGGAGCACGCCCAGAAGUGGGCAGAGCCUUGGCGGGAAUACGACAUGCUGAAGGAGUACGACACCUCCAAACUGGAAGAGCAGAUCCUUCGUGAGGUCCAGCAGGGGAUGAACAAGUCAGGGGGAGCCUCUUAAAAUGUUGUUCGCUUUUACCAUCAAGACAAACUUUUCCAGGAACGGGGAAUGACUGAAUUAUUGGAUGUUUGCAUGGAUGUGCAACACCUCACUGUCACAGUUCAUCCAGAUGGUUUACCGCAGCUACACCAGUGCAAGUGGAAACUGGUGCCAUGUUCCGAGGAGUCCUGCCUUCUUUUUUUGUCUUGUCCAUCAGUCUACUGUACAGUAUAAGAGUUCUUUCAAUGUCACAGUUCUUAGGUGUGACAUCAAUCAUGAUGCAUAUCCAUGAAGUGGUUUCUAUAAUAAAUAUUAUUAAACCUUCCAA